AGUAUACUCGAAUCAAUGGGAAUGUUUUUUGUGCUUAUAGAACCUGCUGAGACCAUGAUGAGGGACAUUUAAAUUAUAAUCAUUCAAAUCAAUGUGCAGGGGAGAAAAUACGAUUAAAAUGUAUAAAUCAGAUUGUGAGUUUGGUAGAAUGAAACCAAUCCCCAACUCGAAACUGACGGCGCCUCUACGCUGAAUGGUAGAGCAACCUCUUGAACACGCGCAUGCGCAGUGAUAAGCCCCUGCCCGCAAGACAACCUCGGUUAGACUGUGCAACAGCAGCUUGUGAGGACAUGAGCGGGAAGGUCGGUGUCGAGGUGCUGGUGGUGGGUGGAGCCAGCCCCCCCACUGACGCCAGCGUGCCCCUUGUAGCCAAUGAAAGCUUGGCGCCGAAGACACGCCCCCAGACCACUGCCUUUAUUCUCCCAGCCACCAGCUCCCCUCUAAGCCUGGCAGUGCGGAAGGGGGAAGGGCCAAGAGUUGCCACGGAGACGCCGAAGGUGGGCGGUGCUGGGGAGCCGGUGACCUCCACACUGACCCCUCAGGUGGGCGGUGCCUGCAGCGUGGUCCGUGUUUUGGAGUGGAAGGAGGGUGUCGCUGUGCUCCCAGGCAGCAACCUAAAGUUCCGGAUGAGUGACUUUGGCACUCUGCAGGUUGUGAGUGACAGGAAGGCCCCUGUCCUUGUGCCAAGCACAGAAGGGCCUGCUGGGAAGGAGGUGGAGACAGACAGAGUCCCGGGACAGAGCUCAGGAAAGUCUGUUGAACCCACUGAGGAGGACUCGAUGGUGGGGAAUGUUGGUCCCUGUGCAGGCUGGAGCCCGGGUGGGGAGAAGGGGUGCGUGGAUGAGCUGCGGAGAGAGCCGCCAACAGACAAGUCAGCACGUCUGGACAUUGCCACGGUGGCCCAGGUGUCUGUGUUGAACCCCGAGGAUCUGAAACCAGUGAAGAAGAGGAAGAGGAAGGAGUACCUGAGCCAGUCGGAUGAGGAGUCAGAGAUGGAGUCGAUGGAGGAGAGGGUGGAGAGUCUGAAGGUGCUGGAAGUGAACCAGUCUGGCUGUGGCCCGCUAGGGGACGGGAGACAAAACAGGACAGUCCCUGGAGAGGUGAAGAAGGAGGCGUGGACGUGGUCAUGGUAUCUGGAGGAACAGAAGGCCGUGGCUGCCCCUCUUAAGCUCUUCCAGGAGUGCCAGAGCAUCCCCCAGACAAAGAACAGCUUCAGAGUGGGGAUGAAGUUAGAGGGGAUCGACCCCCAGCACCCCUCCAUGUACUUCGUCCUCACAGUGACUGAGGUGUGCGGGUAUCGGAUGCGGCUGCACUUUGAUGGCUACUCCGAGUGCCAUGAUUUCUGGGUAAACGCCAACAGUCCGGACAUCCAUCCAGCUGGCUGGUGCGAGAAGACUGAGCACAAACUCUACACUCCAAAAGGUCAGAGGGCAGAGGGGUGUAAAGAAGAGGAGUUCUCCUGGGCCAGCUACCUGCGACUGUCCAAGGCACAGGUCGCUCCACGGGAGCUGUUUGUCAGUCCAGGCGGGACAGAGCUCCCCAGCAGUUUUCAGGUGGGGAUGAAGCUGGAGGCCGUCGACCGCAUGAACCCCUCCCUCAUCUGCGUCGCCACAGUGACCGAUGUGGUGGACAAACGCUUCCUGGUUCACUUCGACAACUGGGAUGACACUUAUGACUACUGGUGUGAUGAGACCAGUCCAUACAUCCACCCUGUUGGCUGGUGCCAGGAACGGGGCCGUCCCCUCACCCCACCGCAAGAUUACCCAGAUCCUGAUAACUUUUCCUGGGAGAAGUACCUGAAGGAUACUGGCUCUACCGCUGUUCCAGCACAUUGCUUCAAACUGCGCGCUCAGCAUGGGUUCCAGGUCAACAUGAAGCUGGAGGCCGUGGACAAGCGCAACCCCUCCCUCAUUCGUGUGGCCACAGUGGAAGAUGUUGACGAGUACAGGAUUAAGAUCCACUUCGACGGCUGGAGCCACAUGUACGAUUACUGGAUUGACUCAGACAACCCCGACAUCCACCCUGCAGGCUGGUGUGAGAGAACUGGGCACCCCUUGAAAACGCCCCUCCGCCCCCGGGACACCUUGGCGUCAGGACAAGGUGGCUGCGCUUCUCUCUCCUGUAAAGGAAUCAGCCAUUCCCGAGCCAAGUACAGCUUCAAUCACAGGAAGUGCCCCACCCCAGGCUGUGACGGCUCUGGUCAUGUGACCGGGCGCUUCACAGCACACCACUGCCUAUCGGGCUGCCCAUUGGCGGAGCGGAACCAGGGCCGGCUCAAGACCGAGCUCUCCGACGCCGAGGGCCCUGGGGCCAAGCGCAACCUGCUCGUCUUCGGCCAGCGCAGCAAGACAUCCCGACACCACGGCAGAAUAGGCCGUCCGCCCAAGUACAGGAAGAGCCAGCAGAGAGCCUAUCAGAGUGUGUCAGCGGAGAUCAUGCACCCGUCCUUCUUCAUGUCAGCCCUGUCUGCCCACCCCAACCGCACCCUCUCACUCUGCUGGGAGCAGCACUGCAAGCUCCUGCCCGGGGUGGCUGGCAUCCGCGCCAGCAACGUGGCAACCUGGAGCGUUGACAAGGUAUCCAGUUUUGUCCAGAAUCUCACUGGUUGUGACGAGCAAGCCCGGGUUUUCAAAGAUGAGAUGAUCGACGGCGAGGCGUUCCUCUUGCUGACGCAGACAGACAUUGUGAAGAUCAUGAGCAUCAAGCUGGGCCCAGCGCUCAAGAUCUACAACGCCAUUCUGGUGUUCAAGAGCACUGACGACAGCCUUAAGUGAUCCUCCCUGCCCUCCCAACACACACCCCUCCACCUGCAGGCUUUUCUAUGUGUGCCAGUCUGCAGAAGCAUCCCUGCUACCUCCCUGUAAAUAUGCUUUCAGCAUGUAUACCCCUCAGAGACAUGCAAGAAGGUCCUGUAUGUGCCAAUGCUUUCAAAUGAGUUCUAGAAACCAGUGUCAUUACUGUCUGUACAGAUCAGAAACAGCGAGGAAAGAAUGCUGACCAACACGCUACCCUUUUUGCACCGUUCCUAAUAUGGCACUUUCCUUGAAACUCAAAGUGUUCUGUUUACAAUAAACUCAACACAUUGCAUUUUACCAUUCCAUAGAUUCUUGCUUGUUAAACCGUGAUCUCCCUAUUGCUUUAGACAAUAAUUAUUAUUGUUUCCAUAUUUUCAUAUAGAUAUCCUGGGUCCUGUUAAUCAAAGCUGUCGGUGCAACUACUUUUGUGAGAAAAACGUGUUUGAACUUUGAUAACUCAACAGUAAUUGCACAGGCAUCUUCAGUUCAUUCCAAACCAAUUUCUAUGACUCUGUUUGUAAAUGUAGACAACUCUUUUUCACAAUGGUUAUAAGCAAGGAUGCAGCGGUGUGUAAUGUGCAUUGUAAAUAUAACACAUUUUUUUUGGAGGUCACAAUGCAACAUUUGUGAACCUACAAAAACCUAACCAAUGCAUUACCACAGCUGUCCACCGGAGGGCGGUGUCAUUGGGAAACUCGACUGCAAUGACUCUCUGAUGGGUAUGGUCUGCCAUGUAGAUAAGUAGUCGGUCAGUCAGUCUUUCAAGCCAUCAUACAAUAAAUGUUCUGAACAUGACUGCUCUGCUCGCCUGUAUUUUUUAUUAAAUCACUACUGUCUUUUCAGAAAGCUGUUGUAUAUUUUUUGUGAUAGUGGAGAUUGAAAAGUGGGCCAGCUUCCACCUUGACCAGAGAUCAACCAAUUAUUGGAAGUGUGAACAGGACAUGCCAGAAAACAAGACCUCAAAAACAGCAUUGGAAAUAAAACGUACAGCUCUGUAUGUAUUUGUAGGGUUUAUUUACACAGUUCUUGUUUUCCAUUGUGUUGCUUUUUAACAUCAACAGGAUGUGAACUAAUAUUAUCUGUCACAAUUUGUAAUCCACCAAGCUACACAGUGCAUACUGUAUAUUUCCGAUAAUUACAGCAUUUGAAGACUGGACUGGAAAUAAGACUCCCAUUGCGUAGCAGUUUGGAUCCAUUCCUGUUUUUACUGGGAGUUUAAGAAGACAGACCCGAGCUCAUAGCAAAGCCUGGAAUGGGUGAAACUGCUACGCACUAGGAGUCUUAUUUCCACCCCUAUGAAGAUAUUCUUGGUGAACACCCCAGUGGAAUCUGACUGUCUAGUUCUUUACAUGUGGCCUGCCUGGCCCUCCAGCAGCAGAUAGUAAACAGCACAGGGUUGCCAAUUAUCAACAGAAUGACCUCCCACAACAAAAGAUAAGUCCUAUCAGAAACAGGGUUUAUGAGGGUGUAGGGAAUGGAAGCUGGCCCAGCUGUUUACCGGUAUGUGUUUGUGCUUUACCUGCCUGUCUGGUUUUAAUUUAUUGAGUUACAGAAGGUACAAAGUCUCAGAAAUAGAGCACAGCAUAAAUAAUAAUACAGAGAAGGAAUGCAAUCAAAAGUAAAUGUCCCUGGCCUUGCGCCCAUGUUUGGGUCCUGCAAAGUUAACCCUAAACUAACCAACACCCUCACAGUGAUGGAUUGCAAGUAAAUCAUUAGAUGACACAAUGGAUUGGUCAGACAAGAAUACAAAUCUGUAUUCUUCUGAAGCAAAGAUGAGGGCACAUAGGGAUAUAGCAGAGUUAUACAUUUCCCAACAAAUAUUUUGACUAGAGUCUUUCUCAAUGUUUGUUACCAAAUUUCACAAGCUUCUUUUGGUAUUGCUACCAGGGUGUUUUAUAGUUCUGACUGAAAUACAGUUGAUUCGGGAUUAGCAUACCAUGGUGAAUGAUUUACCUGCAGUUAAGGUAUUAGUUAAGAACAAGCUGACCUUCAGCAUGUAUUGACUAGAGGGAACUAGUGGUGCAGAACAGCAGAGCAGGAGUAUCAAUGCAAGAAAGGAAUUUCCUGGAUCUGUCCUGGCAUGCAUUACAUUAUACACAGUGCUGGCUCGUCUAGG